AUGUGCCGAAGGUGUCUUUACCAGCUAUUUCUCUACCUUCUUUAUUGCGAGUGUAAUAUCAUCUAUCCUAAGCAAGGAGACCAAUUCAACGGUAGCGAAAUUCUCGAUGACGAACUCGAAGAUAUGUUCGCCUGCGAUCAAGACGAUUUCAAUGGCAUGGUGGUGGAAGCCAUUAAUUACUUGGAUCUUAAUAUAAUUCACAGGCCACUUCUGGAUUUCAUAUCCCAAAUUACCAAGCCAGCCCUACCAAAAAUUGGAACCCCGAUUUUGCCAGAUGCCCCUCGAUACUAUUGGAAAUCGCAUGUUCAGAAUGCGGAAUGGUUUGUAGCAGCAGCUCUCGGACCCCAAGGACUGUGGAAGUUUCUUUUUGAAUCUUCGUUCGAAGAACAGGAGGAUGUUUGCGCCAUCUAUGUCGAAGGUGGGUUCGGAGAUCCUCAUUUCUUCAUUCAAGAUCCUCAAUCCAAUUUAAGGCUUAAUAAUACCGGUACCUACCCACCAUAUCUUCGGAUAUGUAGGGAUGAGCUUGUCAUUGGAGAGUGCGAUGUCAACUGGUGGUGUGAGGCCGACUGGAGCACUCGAAUUAGCAUUACCGAUUUAACAGCAGUGGUUUGGGACGAUUGGAGAUUGAAAGAAUGGGGGUAUCUCUUGCCAAUGAUCAAGCUACCUUUGUAUCUGCCCGGCCAAACUCCGUUCCAUCGCAUUGAUUGUGAACUAUCGACCCCACUAGUCCCUUAUAGAGUGCGUUCCAAAAACCGCAUAUAUACGGCAAAGCUCUUCCCUGAAAUAAUAUCCCCCGAAUGUGUCACUUCACCAAGCAACAAUGACUUUAUUUCGUGCACGCCUCUCCAAGUUCGCGACGCCUUAGGGGACAAGGCUCCGGCCUUGCCCGAAUUCACCCAGCCGAUCAAAAAUCCCCUCCCAUUGGAAUUUCAGUUCCUUAUUCUUGAACUAGCCGACUAUUCCCAAUAUCCAACUUUGCGAGCUGUUUGCAAGACUUGGAAGGCAGAGGCAUGGAGAAUACUAAAAAGCAGAUAUACAGUGCCUUACAUCCUCGAUUCCAAAACCUUCCACGAGGACGAAACAGACAUUCAAUUCCUCGGAAGCUUCGUCUCAGCGUCUCCAUCGGAUUGCCCGUUUUUAAUACAUUCAGCUUUGCUUGAUUUUACUGGAUAUGCCCGUGGGAGACUUGAUUACUCUAUCGAUGAUCAAGGAUUUCCACUCUCCGUUGUCGAAUUUGGAAAGAUCUACUCUAAACCAGAUCCAGACCAUCCUUUAGUGCUAUCGAAUACGGAGCACCUCCGUGCAGCAGCUGAUUACCCCGUCAUUAUACCCAAUACAGAAAACCCACAACCGUUACCUCACCCAGUGUACAUGAGAUUUAAACUAUAUAGAAACGGUCACGGCUAUGGAUAUUCGAAUUCCUUAGCCAAGGAGGGUGAAACCCUAAACCCUUCCAAAAUUCAGACAGUCAAAACAUUUCUCGGGAAAUACUUUGUUCAAUUUAGCACUAAAUUUAAAGGAAACUUGAGGUCGCUGCCUCCGGAUGACAGGCCACUCGAGCGGUUCCGAGUUGGGGUAGCCUUUUUCAGCUCGCACUAUAAUAACCCGCCCCGACGUAUUGAAAUUACUUUCACGGAACCAAAUAUCCACAAUGGCCAACAAUUGGCAUAG